CUCGUUUCCUCUUCUUGCCAACUACACUCAUCAUCAUGAUUCGCCGACAGACCCGCUUGCGUCGAGAAUACCUCUACAAAAAGUCGCUCGAGGGCAAGGAAAGACAGAUCUUUGACCGGAAGCAGGCGGUCAAGGAAGCAAUCGCUACUGGAAAACCCGUGCCAAAUGAACUGAAGAACGAAGGCGCUGCGUUUACCAAGGAUUUGCAAUAUGACGAGGCUCAGGAUGCUCCAACAACUCACAUCGAUGACGAAUACGCCCGCGCUGGAGUUUAUGACCCCAAGGUUCUUGUCACAACUUCGCGUGACCCCAGCAGCCGUCUUCAGCAGUUUGCAAAGGAAAUGCGUCUCGUUUUCCCCAACUCUCAGCGCAUCAACCGUGGUGGACAUGUCAUGAAGGAAAUUGUUGAUGCUUGUAAAGCGAACGACGUUACAGAUCUGAUCAUCUUACACGAGCAUCGUGGCGAACCAGACGGCAUGAUUGUAUCGCACUUUCCACAUGGGCCCACUGCAUUCUUCACCCUCAACAACGUCGUUCUGCGUCACGAUAUCAAGGACCACGGAACCGUCUCAGAGGCAUUCCCACAUUUGAUCCUCAACAACUUCACGUCCAAAUUGGGAAGGCGCACCGCCGACAUUUUGAAAUAUCUGUUUCCUGUCCCUAAGGAGGAUAGCAAACGUGUGAUGACAUUCGCCAACGACAAUGACUUUAUCUCGUUCAGACACCAUGUCUUUGUGAAGACGAGUCAUAAGGAUGUACAGCUGGCUGAAGUGGGACCACGGUUCGAAAUGAAGCUCUUCCAGAUUAAGGCGGGAACUGUGGAAUUGACAGACGCUGACACAGAGUGGGUUCUGCGCCCAUACCAGAACACUGCCAAGAAGCGGACCCAGUUAUAAAGCGACGACAGGACAAAAGACAUCGCACAUACAAAGAUUCGGCCACAUGCGUUUUAUUCGCUCUAGUGCGUUUCUUUUUGUCUUUGCUUUCACUAGGCUAUCGCUAUAAUUUACCUUGGCAUCAUCUCAGCAUCCUUCCCUCACUAUCAUAGAAAAACAAUGUACAUUAAAACAAGAAAGUCCAGACAACAUUUUCGCCCAACUUGCCGCCACUAAUUUUAUUUCGUUGUUUCAUAUCAGGACUGCACGUCGGAGUGGAGGUUAUGAACGCAAUGGACGUUUCUUUUCGAAUCUGACUUGAGUCUUUCAUACCAUUCAAUCAACAUCUCGUGCUCUGUGGGUGGAUUAAAAGGAAUGGACAUAGUUUAUUGCGUGGAAGACCUUGAAGUUGGAUUUUGGCAGGAUAAAUAGAGA